GGAGCUGCUGUCGCCUAUACUUCCUGAUUUGAUCUUGCUAUUGACGUGUUUGGCUGCGAAGGAAGUAACGCAGUCCGAAGUUGAACUUAACUGGAACAUGCCGCGUUUCUGUAUUGAUAUUGAUCGAAAGUUCUACUAAUCAGUCAUGGGUCUAAUUUUAAAUAUUGGACAGACUAAUCUUUCUCAAACAAUUCUGGCAGAUGUCACACGGGCCUUCAGCAUAAUUUGUUUACUUGUCAUUCUGUCGUGUCAACACUCCAAAAGUAUCUAUCUGAAUCAAAUAGCCGUCCAUAUAGAAGGGGGGAGUCAUAUAGCAGAUACAAUAGCAACCAAACAUGGAUAUACUAAUAUGGGACAGAUUGGGGAAUUAAAAGAUCACUAUUUAUUUUAUCAUCCUCGCAUUAGUAAAAGAUCUGCAGAUCCCAGCCAUGAACACCAUCAGCUUUUAUCUAAGGAACCCCAGAUUCAGUGGUUUGAACAACAGAGGGCCAGGCGAAGAGUAAAGAGAGAUUUCACUGACUUUAAUAAUUUCAAUGAUCGACUGUGGAGAUCCCAAUGGUAUCUGAAUGGGGGAGGUCAUAAAGGUAACAGUGGAAACUACGACAUGUCCGUUAAGGGGGCGUGGCGGUUAGGGUACACAGGAAAGGGGGUAGUGGUCAGUAUCCUCGACGAUGGAAUUGAACGGACCCAUGACGACCUAAAGGAAAACUAUGAUCCUUUCGCAAGUUAUGAUGUCAACAACCACGACUCUGACCCGAUACCCAGAUAUGAUCCCUCAAAUGAAAACAGACAUGGAACGCGUUGUGCUGGGGAGGUUGCAGCAAAAGCCAACAAUAACAAAUGUGUGGUUGGGGCAGCCUACAACUCCAGGAUUGGGGGUGUACGGAUGUUGGACGGUGAUGUGUCAGAUGCAGUGGAAGCCGCCUCGCUAAGCUUCAACAGGACACACAUUGACAUUUACUCUGCAUCCUGGGGGCCGGAUGAUGACGGUCGAGUUGUGGAUGGUCCAGGUCCCCUGGCUAAAAAAGCCUUCAUCACAGGCAUAGAACAGGGUCGAGGCGGUAAAGGCAACAUUUUUGUGUGGGCCUCAGGUAAUGGAGGUAGUGCCUUCGACAGCUGUAACUGUGAUGGAUACACCAACAGUAUCUACACUCUCUCCAUCAGCAGCACGUCCGAACACGGACGUAAACCCUGGUAUCUGGAGGAGUGUUCCUCAACCCUCGCUACUACCUACAGCAGUGGAGCCUAUAAUGAAAAACAAAUCAUUUCCACAGACCUACACAACCAGUGCACCAGUAGUCACACAGGGACAUCAGCCUCGGCGCCGCUGGCCGCCGGUCUGGUGGCCCUCCUACUGGAAGCAAAUCCGACCUUGACCUGGCGAGAUGUUCAGUAUAUCACAUUGUUGACCUCUAACCCCGACCCUAUGGAGGAUGGUAACUGGAUUUCAAAUGGCAAGAACAGGAAAGUGAGUCUGCGGUACGGUUAUGGUCUGAUGAAUGCCACAGCUAUGGUGGAUUAUGGAUUGAGGUGGAUCAAUGUUCCUCCCAAACACAUCUGUGCAGUUCUCAGUGAUGCUAAUAAUGUGAACUUGAUGGGCCCCCCAUACACCAGUCUAGUGACUACAGAUGGUUGCCGAGGCACUGCCAAUGAAGUCAACUAUUUAGAACAUGUUCAGGCGAAGUUGACCUUGACCUAUUAUCGCCGUGGUAACCUGGUCAUUCAUUUGACAUCCCCCAGUGGUACUAAAUCUACACUUCUCCCCAAACGACCCUCAGACAUGAACAAAGGAGGGUUCAAUCAGUGGGCAUUUCUGUCUGUCCACUUCUGGGAGGAGAACCCCACAGGGACAUGGAAGUUAGAGAUAGCGGAUGAUCACCCAACAUCCAGCUGGCCCAAACCUCCAGCCGGGGUCAAAGGGCACCUUAUAUCAUGGACACUGAUUCUUCAUGGAACAAAGGACAAUCCAAUCCGACUGAAGCAACCUGGUCAAGGAGUAGUGGUCACUGAACCAGAUGUUCCAGAAACACAGCCCAUUACAGGGACAACUCAACCUCCUAAAUGUGAUGAUGAAUGCCUAGACACCUGUACAGGUAGUCGCGCAGACGACUGCAGAGCCUGCAAAAAUCUGCGUAUGGGAGAGGCGGGUGCCUGUGUGAAGGAGUGUCCCCAUGGAUACACUGAAAACCAAAAGAUGUGUCUACCAUGUGACUCUAAGUGCAUGAACUGUACAUCUAAGUAUGGCUAUCGUCCACACUGUUAUGCCUGUCGUGAUGGGUAUUUCUUGUUACCAGAGGAGGGAAAGUGUUCAAUAGAGUGUCCCGAGGGAUACUUCCUGGAGAGCCCAAACCACAGGGUGUGUAAAAAGUGCAACAAUAUGUGUGAGACCUGCACACAAAACAAGGACAAAUGUACCAGCUGUCCUCGAACUUUGACCCUUUUGUCUGAUAAAUGUUACCUGCCAGAAAAUGUCUGUUCUAAAGGUUACUACAAGUUCAGAGGAAAGUGUGUGAAGUGUAGUGUUGGUUGUCUGCAAUGUCAGUCAGAAGACCUGUGUGUUCUCUGUGAUCCGGGAAGUUACUUUCACCAGAGGAAGUGUCUGCCCGACUGUCCCAAUGGGUAUCUCCCGUAUGUUGUUAAAAUGGACCAAUCUACAGCCCACACAGAAUGUCAUGCUUGUCAACAUGGCAACUGUAAUAACUGCAUUGGAGACUUUGUGAAGAGAGAGGGCACUUGCCAUCAGCAGAAGUCUUGCUUCAGAGAGCAGUAUUACGACUUUAUUAAUAUGGAGUGUCGAAACUGUCACUAUCGGUGUAGCACGUGUUAUGGACCAGGGUCACAUGAGUGUUUGUCAUGUGAGGCUCCACUAGCAUACCACUCAUAUCUACAAACCUGUGUCACGUGUUGUAAGGACAACGAAAAAGAGGGGUCCUGUUGUAACUGUGAUAAUCAAGGCAUGUGCAUACUGCCCCAGAAAUCCUUGCAGACGCUGUACUCAACUGGAACGCUAGUGGUUGUUUUAGUGGGGUUGAUUGGCAUUCUAAUCGUCCUUGUUGUGUUGGUCAUUGUGUACAUGGUCGCUAAAAAAUCCAGCUGGUGGUCCAGGAAAAGUGAAAAUGACAAAGGCAUAUACUACAGUCCCUUACUACAAGAGGAUCUAUAGGGGUGGAUCACAGAGGAGUAGCAGGAGUUUAUCUCAGUGAGGAGUUAGAUGAAGUAAUUAUCAUCAGGUGAUGGGGAAAAAAAGAAAUGGCAGCACAUUCCAUUUGUAAACAAGCUCCAUAAUAGUGGGAGUGGGUAUCACAUCCAAUCAGAAUGAAUAGGAGAAAGAGGAGAAGCCAGAGCUUGUCACAGAGGGUUACUCCUUAUGUAGUUAUUUUUGAUUUUAUUCUUUUAUGCAAUCAUAUGUUACUCUGAGUUUAUUUAUUUGUGCUGUUACAUUACAAACUUUUUUGCUGGGUGAGCCCUAUCAAUUUUUUUUUAUACCAGUAUUUGCCUCUACUUGGUUUUUCAUUCAUAAUAGAUAUCUAAAGUCUGAAGUGAUGUACAGAUAUUUAGAUAAACUUUAAUGCUAGCAAAUAAGAAGGUUCCAUAAAACAUGGUUAUAAUGAACCUCCAGGGCCAGUGAAUUAUAACCAAACUCCAUUAUACAGUAAAACAUGGUUAUAGCGAACCUCCAGGGCAGUGAAAAACAGUUCAUUAUAACCAAACUCCAUUAUACAGUAAAACAUGGUUAUAGCGAACCUCCAGGGCAGUGAAAAACAGUUCAUUAUAACCAAACUUCAUUAUACAGUAAAACAUGGUUAUAGUGAACCUCAAGGGGGCCAGUGAAAAACAGUUCAUUAUAACAAACUUCAUUAUACAGUAAAACACAGUUAUAGUGAACCUCCAGGGCCAGUGAAAAAGUUUGUGAAAACCAAACUUCAUUAUACAGUAAAACACGGUUAUAACAAACCCCCAGGGCCAGCGAAAAACAGUUUGUUAUAAUUAAACGUCAUUGUAUCAAUAAAAUUCUGUUAUUUUCCUCUCAUAGGGGAAUAAAUCUCGCAUCGCAAUAAGCGUGAAUUAAUUAUAAGUGUGUUUGUUAUAAGCGUGUUUUACUGUAUAUGACUACCCAUCUGGUAGUUUUAUGGAACACCUGAACCAUAUUCAUCUUGAUUAGCAAGGUAAGAGUGGAAUAGAAAUCUGUUAAAAUAAUAAUUUGUAAGCCAAAAUACAUGUAUCACAACUUUUUCAAUUCUGGACGCAUGCGCCAGUGAUUAUUUUUUUUAAAUAUAUAUAUUGAAAAUAAAAAUAAAAAUUACCUCUAAACUAAACCUUGUUUUUUAAUAGACAUAAUUCAUGAUUAUAGAAUUUUUGAAUAAGUAAGCAUGACAAUACAGUUUUUGAUACUUUCUGCCUGAAGCUUAGGACCACAAUAACAAGCACCCCUUCCCCUCCCAAAAUUCCAGUGUAAGGGGAGUAACGGUAAAAAAAAAAAAUGUAGGCCAUUGAGAUUAUGUGGCUGUAACAUGAUGAGGCAGGUCAUUUGUUUUAACCUUGUCCUAUGAAAAUUGCUUUGUGGUCAGAUAAUUCUUAUAGGUUAUCUUAUAGAAUUAUCCAUUACGGUUCUUGGUUUUUGUUUGGUUGCUAUAUUUGAUCAUUUUACUUUAUGACAUAGAUAACGUGUGUAUGUUUAUAGUAGAGGUGUUAUGUUUUAUGUACAAGACUACAAGAUUAUUUUUUUUUUCAUUUUUGUCAAUGAUGUCAGAUGAUUGCUGACACAAAAUAUACAUAUGCUCAAUUUAUGUGUUAGAAUAGGUAUUUUUGUACAAAAUAUGAAGACUUAAGAGUAUUUGCUGAAAGUUAUAAGAUUGGAGUAAAUUGAUUUUUUGAAAGUCUGGUUGAUUUUUUUCCUCUGUUUUGUUUACAGAUUGAAAACAAGAAAUCAAUUUAGUUCAAAACUUAUUACGGAGAAUUAUCUGUGAUACUUGUAUUAAAAACUAAAUUGAAAUAUGAACAUUGAUAUAUAUAUAUAUAUUUUUUUUUUUUUGGUAAAUGUGUAGGAUUUUAAAACGAGUUCAAAACAGUAUGUCUUUCACAUUGUAAAGACUAAACUCAGGCCAGUAUAGCCUGUAUGUGACUAAUAUAAUAAUGCAUAUUAUCAUGUUUAAUUUACAUACACAUGUAAUGUGAAACUAUAUGUUCAACUUUCGGUCUGAUCUUGAGUUUCGUAGUACAAAAAUCUAUAUGAACAAAACUUGUGACAUUUUUGUUUCUUAGAGUAUAUAUAUAUAUAUUUAUUUCCUAUAGAGAAUAUUAAAAUUUUAAUUGUUUUACCUUUCUGACUCUGGAGAAAAAAAUCCCUUCACUAAAAAAAAAUGAAACUGUUACUUCUUUCAAUGAAAUAAUUUUUUGAUUUUAGACCUUUUUGAGUGUAAAUGUACCUAGAUUUUUGUCCAAAAAUUAGAAUAUAUUUCUGACCUGCCUUCUCCUAAGUAAAAUUGCUGGGUCACAAAGGUAAAACAAGCAAAUGUUUUAAUUUUGGGUCUUGUCAUCAUUUUUUUUUUUGGUCUGUUGUCAUGGUAACUCCAUGUAGGUAUUGGAAAUGUGUUUAUGAUGUGUCUCACAAGAUUCUUUGCUUAUGUUUUUAUAUUGCUCUAUGCAUUUUUUUGUAAUUUAAUUGAAUUUGCUGCAACAAACAAAAAAUCAAAUCAUAUUUCAUCACAAUCACAGAGUGUAUUUUGUACAUAGAUCAUUUUUAAAAUGCAAGUUUGCUUUCAAUAUGGAAUUUUUGUUGUUGAUCAACUUUUUUUUUUCAGGGGUAGAUUUGUAUAUAUGCAUGAAGCUCUGUGUGUUAGUAUGCAUGUGUAUAAGCUAUGACUGUAUGUAGAGCAUGCUAGUAGAUUCCCUAAAGCUGCAAGUCAUGUGACAGGAAAUGUGAAUUGCUGCCGAGAAAAUAUUGUAAUCAGGUUAACAAAUUGAAAUUAAAGAAAUUUGGUGUCAUUAAAUUUUAUUUGUAAACCCCAACAGUACCAAACAGGUACACAAAAAAGAAAAACAGCUUUAAGUUCACGAGAACCUUUAUAACUUUGUUUAGUUUGAUAGCUAUCACAUAGUGCAGCGGAGAUCCCAACUCCUUGUACACAUUUAUACGGCUAACGACAAAUGUUCAGAUGUAAUGUUACUGGGUCUAAAUAGGUAUUUUCGUGAAAUUGACACCCUGUUUGUAAAUGUUGUUUAGAUGUUUUGUUUGACCAUUAGCUCUGAUUUUCCUUUUCAGCCAGGUGUAUGGUUAGAAGCCGGAUAUUUUUGGCAACCCCCUGGCGAUAUCUGUACCCAGGAUUCCCCAACCGAUCUCAAACUUAAAAAAGACGUGGUACUUUAACCCAGUCAUGGUUACGCCAAGUAUUUGUUACGAUGGCUCAGUGGGGUUUUUUUUUUUUGGUUUUUUUUUUGGUGGGGUUUUGUGUUUACUCUGUAUGCACAAUUUUUAUAUAAUCUGUUUUUGCUUGUUUUGAAUUGUGAUGUAGCAUUAGUUAAGCAUUAAUUUUAUAAGAUAAAACUGAUCCAUGCAUUUAUAUAGCCCCACCGAAUUAGAUGGAAAUAAGUUAACUACGGAAAUGCCCCCCCCCCCCCCCCCCCCCCCCUUGACUACUUUUUUACUCAACAUUACCUAACUUUCUUCAGAAAAAAAACCCAAACUCUCUCACACGGGUUCAAGAGGAAAAUAAAUUUUCCGUAAUUUAUUAGUUGCAAUCCUGUUGAAGUGUCAUCAAAGGUUAUGUAUUUUUGCACUUGAGCUUAAAUUGGUUUAGUGUUUGGUAUAAUCUUUUUGUUUUGGAUAGAGUAUAAAUUUUAGUAUUGCCAAAAGUCUAUGAACAUGUGCAAAAUUAAUUUUAAAAAGACAAAAACAAACAACCAAAAAAAAAAAAAAAAAAAAAUAAAAAUUAAUACAACCUUUUCUUCAAUCAGAUUUUAAGGUUUAUUCCCAGAACCUUGUACCAUGUUAGGGACUUUUGGGUGUUGACGUGGCAUGCAGUUUUACAUUAAUGACUAUAUUGAACGUGUGUAGCUUUUGCGUAACAUUCUAAGGGGACAAACUAUUGAUAUGUACUCUUGUGUGCAAGAUAAUGGCGAGUGCUUGUGUUAUUUAGAGAAAUCCAUUUUGUUCAGUUUCACGUGCCAAUAUGUUAUGACAUUUCUGUACAAUUUCUGGUGCAAAAAUCGCAAAGAAAAAUUAAUCGAGUGCAACAUCCUCAUCCAUACGCCAUCAUACAUAUGAAAGUAUCUACCUGAUUGCUUAGGACAUAAAUCCGGAAUAUUGAAUCAUGCCUGUAAAAUGUUUUUUUUUUGGUUUUUUUUUAAACUCCACUAUGAAUUGUACAUGUAUAAUUCAUUUAUUUUGUUUUGAAAUAUUCUGUUUCUUUACUGUUUUUCUCGAUCACAAUUUUUGAUGUUGUAUCUUGAUUAUGGACACUUGGCAUCAUUGUUUGUUUUUCUUUAUGCUUGAUUGCAUUUAACACUUACAGGACAUACAAAAAUAAACACAAAAGUAAUGAA